CUUGGUUGAUUUUCUGUUUUUGUCUCAAGGAUUCACAAUAAUGGAUCCUGUUCCCAGUCCCACGGCCUUGCAGAAACUGCGAGUUGUAGACUUGAAGGAGCGUUUGUCUGCUUUUGGACUUAGCACAUCAGGUUUGAAGGCAGAUCUGGUGAAAAGGCUCCGUGCCCAUUAUGUUGCAUUGGAAAAAGAACAGCAGGCCAAUGCUAUGGCUGAGGCGGCCGCUGAAGAGGAAACCGCUGAACCAGCAGAAACACCAGCUGAAGAACCUGCUGAGCCUAAAGCACCUGAACAGACAGAACCUGCUGAGGAGCCUGAUGUUCCAGUCAAGCCUGCCCCUGCUGCGGACCCUACUCCACCCCCACCCCCACCCCCACCCAUGGUAGGGGAUCCACCAUCCUCUGUGGCACCUCAGCAACUUAUGGAGGACGAUGAUGCUAAUCUCAGAAUGAAAGUUGAAAUCCAGAAACAGAUGAUAGAACAAGAAGAGUUAAAGAAGGACCAAGAGAAAGAAGCCCUUGGCUGGCAGCAGCAGAUAAUGCUAGCUCAGCAAGAAGCUCAAGAGAAAGAAAGAGUGGCCAAACAACAACAGAUGAUAUUGGCUGAGAAAGAACAACAACGGAUUUUAGCAGAACGACAACAACAAGAGGCCUUGAGGUUGAAAGAGGUAGAGCUGUUACAACAACAACAGCUGGCGAUAAUUGAGCGUCAGAGAGAAGAGACUGGUGGUAUUCAUCAGUUUCAAGGAGCAAGUGGACCGCAGGGGCCUCCACCUCAGUUUAUUGCCCAGGCACCGGCCCAUCCACAUCCUCAGCCAGCAUCCAUCCCACUAGGCGUUGCGCCCAUUCCCCCUACAGCACAGCCUCAAACCGUGCAGAUCCUGGCUGCACCUCAGCAGCCCCAGCUUAUCCAGGCGCAGCAGGUGCUCACUACCCCUCUCACCCCUCAGGCGGUGCCUCCCCUUCCCCAGCAGGUACAGAUUGUCCCGCCCCCGCAGAUGGUGCCCCAGCCUCCCCAGCAGAUAAUCACAACACCCCUCAUGCCUGUGCCAGCUGAAGCUCCACAACCUGUGAGCGUUCCCGAACCCCCAGAGCAGAUGAGAGGGGUACCUGGACAGGUGACAGUUGUACACGUUUCAGAUGGCCUGCAGUUCGGCGCUCAGCCCCCUAACCUUAUCCAGGCACCUCAGCCUCCAGCCUUUCAACCUAUGCCUCCCCAGCAACCCCCUCAACCUGUUCCCCCAUCAGCCCCUUUGCCCCUCAUGUCCCUCCCCACUUCAACCCCCUCCCCUGUCAGUCUGACCCCAGGUCCCCCGCCUCCACUGAUGUCUCUACAGACAACAGAACCACCUACCCCUCCACAAGGUCCACCGCCACCCCAACCCAGCUUUGCUGAGGGGAGAGAGAUGAUGGUGGAAAGGUCGCCAAUGAUGGAAAAUAGGCCUCCACAAAUGGGCGAAAGACCACUGCAUAUGGGAGAAAGACCCCCGCAGAUGGGUGAUAGGCCACCUCAAAUGGGUGAUAGGCCACCAAUGAUGGGAGAAAGGCCACCUCAUAUGGGAGAUAGGCCACCACAUAUGGGAGAUAGGCCACCACAUAUGGGAGAAAGGCCACCUCAUAUGGGUGAUAGGCCACCCCAGAUGGGUGAUAGACCUCCUCAGAUGAAUGAUAGGCCCCCUCAUAUGGGUGAUAGGCCACCUCAAAUGGGAGAUAGACCGCCAAUGAUGAAUGAUAGGCCACCUCAAAUAGGAGAUAGACCUAUGAUGGGUGAUAGGCCACCACAUAUGGGAGACAGGCCGCAACAUAUGGGAGAUAGGCCACCUAUGAUGGGAGACAGGCCACCUAUGAUGGGAGACAGGCCACCUAUGAUGGGCGGACCUCCAGUGAUGGGAGACAGGCCUCCUCAAAUGAGUGAUCGCCCACCAGUGCCUGGAGACAGGGGUAAAGUGCCAGACAGACCAUUGAAAAAUGAAGCUGUGGAGAGACAGCAAAACCAAGAUAGUAGGGGUCCUCAGGGCAAGGAAAUCCGGCUUCCACAGGCACUGGAAAAAGUUUUGGCUUUUAAGGAUGUGAGAGCUCAGCAAGUGGGUGUGUCAGCCGAGGAUGCAAUGGACCAGUCGUCUCCUCUUAGAGAUGCUGAUGAUGAUGAUGAUGAGGAGGAGGAAGUUACCAUGGAGAAAGAGGAAGAGGAAGAGCCAGCCAAAACCACACCCACAGACAAGGAGUCCAAGAAUAAGCGCCGUAAGAAGAAAAAGAAGAAGGCAAAAAAGAAUCGCUUCCAAAAGCAAGAGGAGGUGACUCCAUUAAAAGAAAAAGAGGAUAGCCGUGUAGAAGUGGAGUAUGUACAGGAGCAACUGGAUUUGGAGCCAACUGACCCUAACUAUUACACAUUUGCUAAAAUAUUUGAAGCAUUUAAGCUUACAGAACCAGAAAAGUUACCGGUGAGAAGUGCGGCAGAUGAAAAGCGAGAGGAGAAACAAGCGGAGCCUGUCAAGUCCCGAGGGAUACUGGCUGAUGAGCCAGAAAUGGAGAAUGAUGAUGAUGAUGAUCUCCCGCCAGUUGAGGAGGAGAAGCCGAAGAUGUCCAAAAAGAAGUUGAAGAAGCUAACAAGAUUAAGUGUUGCCGAGUUAAAACAGCUGGUAACACGUCCGGAUGUUGUGGAGAUGCAUGAUGUUACAGCACAAGAUCCACGUCUACUGGUUCACCUCAAGGCCACCCGUAACACAGUGCCUGUCCCGCGACAUUGGUGUUUCAAGAGAAAGUACCUACAGGGCAAGAGAGGUAUAGAGAAACCUCCUUUUGAACUACCAGAGUAUAUUCAGGCCACAGGUAUCAUGGAGAUGAGGCAGGCUCUACAAGAUAAGGAGGACCAGAAGACAAUGAAGGCAAAGAUGAGGGAGAAAGUUCGGCCCAAACUUGGGAAGAUUGACAUUGAUUAUCAGAAACUUCAUGAUGCAUUCUUUAAAUGGCAAACCAAACCAAAAAUGACUAUUCAUGGGGAUCUCUAUUAUGAGGGCAAAGAGUUUGAGACAAAAUUGAAGGAGAAAAAGCCGGGGAAUCUUUCAGAUGAUUUGAAGACAGCCCUGGGAAUGCCUGUGGGGGCGAGCACUGUUCCCCCUCCCUGGCUUAUUGCCAUGCAAAGGUAUGGUCCACCACCUUCGUAUCCUAAUCUUAAAAUACCUGGUCUGAAUGCUCCCAUCCCUGAGAAUUGUGCUUUUGGUUACCAUGCUGGAGGCUGGGGUAAACCUCCUGUGGAUGAGACAGGUAAACCUCUGUAUGGGGAUGUGUUUGGCACACAAGGAGUAGAUUUACAGACCCCAGCAGAGAAGGAGGAGCUGGACAAGACUCAGUGGGGAGAAUUGGAGUCGGAGUCAGAGUCUGAGGAAUCCUCGUCGGAGGAGGAAUCAGAGGAGGAAGGUGACCAGGCCACAGGGUUGAUCACACCAGCAGGAGAGGGGUUGGUGACCCCAAGUGGUAUGACCUCUAUACCAGUGGGUGUGGAAACACCGGACAUGAUCGAGUUAAGAAAGAGACGUAUUGAAGAUGCCAUGGACCAGGGUGGGGACACACCGGCUCUAUACACUGUACUGCCAGAGAAGAAAACAAACGUGGGAGGGGCUAUGAUGGGUUCUGCUCAUAUUUAUGAUAUUGCAGCUGCUACCGGUGCUCCUCGUCGCCUUGGAGACAAGAUGCCAGCAGAGGGCGUGGAAGUGGCACUGAACCCUGACGAGUUGGACAUGGACACAGCGGCCAUGCAGGCUAAGUACGACCAGACGGUGAGAGAACAACAGUCGCAGCUAGAGAAGGAAGACUUAACAGACAUGGUGGCAGAACAUGCAGCUAAGCAAAAGAAAAGGAAAAAGCAGUCACAAGACACAAGUCGAUCGGCCAAGAAAUACAAAGAGUUCAAGUUCUAGUGUGUCAUUGGGACAGUUUUCUUCUUAAUUUGUACAUACGCAUCAUUACUGACUCACAUCCCAUAUCUUAAUACCUGAACGUGUUUCAUCAACAGUUUUGUGAUUACAGUAAAUACUGUAUACUAGAGACUUGUGUUGAGAAAGGGAAAUACAUACAAUAAAACUGUUUACUGUAAAUCUUCAACCUUUUCAACCUCUGAAGCGCUUUUUUUACAGUUGAAUUUAUUCCUACAGUUAUUAUGAAAAUUACACUAAAAUGAUUUGUCUGUGUCGUUAAAGACGCAAGCUUCAUAAGAUUGUGCAAAUUAUUUCUCUACACUUCAUAGUUCUCUCAGAAUGUUUCAAAAUAUUGGUAGCAGGUGCUGUUGAAAAGGUUGAUGAAUUAGGGUAUGUACAACAUAAAUCAGGUUUUUCUUUCCAACCUGUGUAUUGAAAUCCUGUUAAAUUCAGUACAAGAAAGCUUUUUCAACUUGAACAUUUUGUAACUGAUAUUUUAGAUCAUGUAAAGCAUUGCACUCAGAGAAUUCAAGAAAUGAGAGAUGAGUAAACGAUACAUAAGUGGGUUUGAUUCUUAACCUUUGUGGGGAAUUUUAAAGUUGACGUUGCUAUCACAUGGUAAAGCGACGUCACUUCAUUGAAGAACCAGCUUUUCACAAUGAACACCCAAGAAAGGGCUCAUUGACUAAAAAAAGGAUAAACCUAGUCUUUAUAGCUGCCCCUUUUUUUAGCGAGGCGAACAGCGCUGUUAAGUUGCUCUGUCUGUCAGCUGAUUGUUUGACAUCCUAUCUUCAAACAUGGGUCAUUAACUCAAUGAGUUGCCUUGAGCGCAAGACAACAGCAACAUUUGUGAAGGAUGUCGCAGCUGUUGCUAAUUCGAGGUUGUAGUGGCAUGCUUCCCAACUGUAUAAUUAGGAACAUUUCUGAGAAAUAUUUAAUUACACUUUUAACAGAAGUAAAGUGCUUUGAUUUUCUGUACCAAAGCAGAAACAGUUUGGGUUGCAGUUUUCUCAUAACAUAAAACUGCAUAUGAAUGUACCAUUUUUAUAGUGAAACAUUGAGAAAUAAGGGUAUAGGUACAUAAUUUAGAGACUUUAAAAGUUUGCCUUCACUUUAGGAAACUGGUCAUUUGAGGGGUAAAAUACAUUUGUGUGAUUUUUGGAACCAAUGCCCCAUGAACCGAUUUCUCUGGAGUGCUAGCCAGUGCGUGUUAGCAAAGGUCUCAACAAACUUCUCAUUUCCCACAUACAUGUAUAGAUGCCAUUGUUUGUGUUGGAAUAAAGUCUUAUCAUCACAC